AUGCAGCUCCCAGUCCAACUUAGCUCACCGCUGGCGCUCGCGGUCCUGUCAAUCGCUACAUGUCAAUUAGCCCUCGUAUGGUGGUAUCAACGCAAAAGAACCAACCCGCUUCCGCCAGGUCCAUCAGCGUUGCCAUUCCUUGGUAAUGCGCACCAAAUCCCGCUGCAGUACCCCGAGCGAAUAUUCAGUCAAUGGGCCAGGACAUACGGGGGUGUGAUGUACUUGAGACUAUUCAAGAAGUCCGUCCUUAUACUGGACUCAGUUAAGGCAGCUCAGGACCUGAUGGACAAGAGAGGGGCCAAAUUUUCCGACAGACCCCAGUUGACGCUCAUCACCGAUGUAUUUGCCUUUAAGCCGAUGAUGUUCACUAUGCCGUACGGCGAUUUGUGGCGUAGGCACCGAAAGUGGUAUCAAGCUUCUCUGGAAUCCAAGGCAGCGCUUGACACAUAUAAUGCUGUACAAGAGAUGGAGACAUGUACGCUGUUGUCGGCUCUCGUGUCCGACUCAGAGCACUUUGCCGACCAGGUCAAGAGAUUCACCGGGGCAAUUCUGCUAGAGAUAGUCUACGGACACGCUGUUACGUCUGUCAAAGACGACCUCAUACGCCUGUCAGAUGAAAUGAUGACUCAGGCCGUCAGCGCCGGAAGUCUCGUCGCGACAUUGCUUGACUUCUUCCCCUUUCUUAUGCAUAUCCCGGAGUGGUUCCCGGGCGGCGGAUUCAAGCGAGAAGGCGCGAGAGUGAGGCAUCUCAUGCGGCAGCUACUCGAUGUCCCAUUCAAUGAAGUCCAACAAGCUAUGCUCGAGGGGUCAGGCAAAGCAUGCCUCACUACGUACAUGCUGGAGGAGCAAGCGGAGCACGGCGACUUGACUCCUGACGACGUGGACAAUAUCAAGGGCGCAGCUACCCUUUUGUUCAUUGGUGCGUGCAUGGCGCAGACAAUCACGACAUUGCUAACGUUCUUCCUCGCAAUGGUGCUUCAUCCCGAAGUCGUGCACAAGGCGCAAGCCGAGAUAGAUCGGGUGGUGGGCCGUACGCGCCUGCCAAGUCUCAUGGACAGGGACGCUCUCCCUUACCUCGACCAGGUGCUGAAAGAAGUAUACCGAUGGAAUCCUCCGGUACCCCUUGGUAUCCCCCACCAAGUUCGUGAUGACGAUGUCUACAACGGCCGCCAUAUACCCGGCGGGUCGAUGGUGGUGUCGAAUAUAUGGUCUAUGUCAAGGGAUCCAGACACCUAUGAAGAUGCAGACCGGUUUUGGCCCGAACGGUACGAAGGCAAGUCGUCCGACGAACUCGCCCGGUCGGAUCCAAGGCGGAUUGUAUAUGGGUUCGGCCGCAGCAGGCUAUGCCCAGGACGCUUCUUGGCGGACUCGAGUAUAUGGCUUGCCGCAGCACGCGUCAUAGCGACGCUGGACAUCCGCAAGGUCCUUGAUGCCGAAGGGAAGGAGAUGACUCCGAGCGCGGAAUUUAUAUCCGGGGCUGUCAGCCAUCCGAAGCCCUUUUCGCUGGAUAUCCUGCCACGCGAUGAAGUUGCAGCGAAAUUGAUUGCCCAGUUGGACCCUAAUCAUUUAUUCAGUGUCCAGGGUGAAGCCAUUUAG